AUGGCGGCGAGCCGUGAGGGAAGCGCGCUGCCGGACCCCGCGGCCGAGGCGGCGGAUUCGGACUCGCCGCGAACAGCCGAGGGGAUCGGUGGUAGCGGUGCGCCGCCCGGCAUCGGCGCAGCCGUUGACGCGCGCCUGCUGAGAAGCUUCGACGGGCUCGCGCGCGACCUGGACCACGCAAUUCGCACGGCCGCGACGCUGUCGCAGCAGCACGACGCCAUCGCCACGUGUCUUCUCAUCGCGAACGCGCUCUGUGACUGGCCGGAGACCGAGGAGCCGCGGCCGCGGGAGGCGUUCGGUUUCCGCAUGCUGCGCAGCAUGCCGUGCGCCGCCGAGUCGCUGCAGCUGCGAGGCAAGCCAUGGUUUAGGGUUGACGGGGGGGAGGUGAGAGAUGGGGCAGCAGUGGAGGAGCAGGAGCGGAGCAGGCGUGGGUUCCAUGAGCUGCUUGCCAUCCCCCCCCCCCGCUGCUGCCGCCUUCGCCGUUUCACUAUCCCCUCGCCUCCAGCCCCAUGUGAGGCGCGCCCUCGUUCCCCCAAACAAGCUCUCCCGCAUGUCCGUUCGCUGCCUUAUCCUCCCCACCCUCCCUCUCUCCCCCCAGCAGACACGUUCUUUGUGAUGGAGCACAGCAGCAGCAGCAGGCGGCGGGCAGCAUCAACGCCAUGGAGGGGCUUCUGCGGGCCGCAGGGCAGCUCGCAUGUCCCCGCCACCGCCGCCGCGCCCGCCGCGCUCUGCCCGCUGCUGCCCGCGGGCCUGCGCGCCCCCUUCCCCACGCACCUGGAGGUGGCAUCGUCUCAGAUCGACCGCACUGCCAAGAGGCAGCGGUCGCAAGGCGGCAUGCUGGCACGGCAGCACAGCCAGGAGGAUGUUGAGCAGCUGCACAAUCUCAGGGCAAGGCGCUUCUUCCUGCUGCUCAACCAGCCGCUCUCGCAGCGACCCCCACCACCACAGCCCCUCUCUCGAUCGCUCUCACACGCACACGCCCAAUCACCAGCGACCCCUUCCAUGUCACCCUCAGGCUCGCAACCCCUGGCAUUGACAGCAGCAGGCUCACAACAACCGAUGGCAGUACCCCCCUCAGGGUCACAGCUGCGGUCCCCAUCAUUCUCCUCCUCCCCAGCGGCCAUGGCGGAGAGUGCUGCGCCCACCCACCGCUUCUGCCAGCCACUUUCCCUUGUACUCAUCUCCUCCACCCCCUCCCACACCCCACCUCCCACCUCAACCCCCUCCGCCUUCCCCACUCUCGCCCCUACCGCUGCUGGUGCUGACAUCCGCGCUCGCACUGCUGGCGGCUGUGAGUUCCUGGCGGCUCUGACUAGUUCAAUUCAGCGGCAGUGGGAGGCGGUGAGGUGGCUGGCGCAGCAGAGAAUAGAGCCAGCAGAGGUGGAAGCAGCGGGAGCCAACCCCAAGGCAGACAAGCUGCCUGCGCACCUCAUGGCAAGGGCAGUGCAGAUCGUGCAGGAGGAGUAUGCUAGGCGGCCAGGCCAUGGGGGGAUUGGAGGGCAUGCGUGGGGGGACGAGCCUGGGCCGGUGGAGAGGGCACUCGCGGCCCGCACGCGAGCGUCUGGUGCUUCGCGCGCUGCUCUCCCCCACAUCCUUGCUGGUGAGGCGCAAAGGGGUGGCACCUGGUGCUUGUUCACGUGCGGUGCUUGUUCACGUGCGGUGCUUGUUCACGUGCGGUGCUUGUUCUCACGCCAUGCUGGUCGUGCUGGGACCCUCGCCCUCACUCUCUCCACCCCUGUCUCCUCCACCUCCCUCCCAUGCAACGUGUCCUUGCUGCCAGGCACGGAUGUGCUCAUGACGAGCGCCAACAAGUUCCCCAACGCGGCUUCCUUCCUCUUGCCACACCUUCGCACCCUUCUUCACCGCACGCCACCGCUUCUUCAAGCCAGUGGUGAUGCCCCUGUAGAGAUCCUCUUUCUGGCUGUUUCAAACUACGCCUGCAGUAGGUUUGUAAGCCAAGUCCAGUCGCUUAUAGCGAAGCGUUUAAACUGCAGCA